CUUCCGGUACAGUGCCUCACUUCCGCCCUCGUGGUCCAUGCGCCUAGGAGUUCGCGGGCUCCCGCGCUGGGUUUUUGCUUUGCUCGCCCGCCUUCGCUUGGAAAGAGCUGCGUUUGCAGGAGGCGCCCCGGCUUCGUCCCGCUGCCGCCAUGCUGGUUUUAUUCGAGACCGCGGCUGGAUACGCCAUUUUCAAGGUUCUGGAUGAGAAGAAACUCCAAGAAAUUGAUACCUUAUGGAAAGAAUUUGAAACUCCUGAAAAAGCAAAUAAAGUAGUGAAACUGAAACACUUUGAGAAGUUUCAAGACACAACAGAAGCUCUUGCAGCAUCCACUGCUCUGGUGGAAGGCAAGAUUAACAAGAACUUAAAGAAAAUCUUAAAGAAGAUAGUAGCCAAAGAUGCACAUGAACAGUUGGCCGUAGCAGAUGCCAAACUGGGAGGUGUAAUAAAGGAGAAACUGAACUUAAGUUGCCUGUACAGCCCCAUGGUUACUGAACUGAUGAGAGGCAUCCGUUCUCAAAUGGAAGGGCUGAUCACUGGCCUUCCGUCACGGGAGAUGGCAGCUAUGUGUUUAGGCCUGGCACACAGCCUCUCCCGAUACAAGCUGAAGUUCAGCCCAGACAAAGUUGAUACAAUGAUUGUCCAAGCAAUUUCUCUCCUUGAUGACUUGGACAAAGAACUGAAUAACUAUAUAAUGCGCUGUCGAGAAUGGUAUGGCUGGCACUUCCCUGAAUUGGGCAAAAUCAUCACAGAUAAUCUAACCUACUGUAAAUGUGUGCGGAAAAUUGGAGACAGAAAAAACUUUGCCUGUUCUGACCUGUCUGAGGCCCUGCCUGAGGAGGUGGAGGAGGAGGUGAAAGCAGCUGCAGAAAUCUCCAUGGGGACUGAAGUCUCAGAGGAAGACAUCAGCAACAUACAGCAUCUCUGUGACCAGGUAAUCGAGAUAUCAGACUAUCGAGCACAACUGUACGAUUAUCUGAAAAACAGAAUGAUGGCCAUUGCGCCUAACCUCACAGUCAUGGUGGGAGAGCUGGUGGGAGCAAGACUCAUCGCUCACGCAGGCUCUCUCUUGAACCUGGCUAAGCACCCGGCGUCAACGGUUCAGAUCCUGGGAGCCGAAAAGGCACUCUUCAGGGCACUGAAGACUAAACGCGACACACCCAAGUUUGGUCUGAUUUAUCACGCUUCUCUUGUGGGGCAGACAACAGCCAAGAACAAAGGAAAGAUCUCACGAAUGCUGGCAGCGAAAACAGCCUUGACUAUCCGUUACGAUGCUCUCGGAGACUCGAGCAGUGCUGAGAUGGGAGCGGAAAACAGGCUGAAAGUAGAGACAAGGCUACGGCACUUGGAGGAGAAAGGGAUAAGACGGAUAAGCGGCACAGGAAAAGCCUUGGCCAGGGCAGACAAAUAUCAACACAAGAGUGAAGUGAAGACAUACGACCCUUCUGGGGAAUCGACGCUUCCUCUGGUCCCAGGAAAGCGCAAACGUGAAUUGGAAGACGAGGAGGAGACGACGACAGCAGGCCCAGGAAAAGCAAAGAAGGCUAAAAUAGUAGAAAUCAAAGUGGAGGAAGAAGAGGAAGAACAGGAGGAACCUGUCAAGAAGAAGAAGAAGAAAAAGGAGAAAAAGACGAAAGCUCAGGAAGAAGCUGCUUGGGUAGAGGAUGAGGAAGAAGAAGAACCAUCAACUAGUAUUUCAGUUGAGACUUCAGAAAAGAAGAAGAAGAAGAAAAAGAAAAUUAAAGAGGAGCCGGAAGAUGAUUAAGAAGAAGAAACCACAGUCUCCCUGGGGACGGCGUGUAUGUGGUUUUGGGGACAGCUGCCCCUAGAACGUAAUUUGCCCCACAAUUAGGCAAGGCCGACAAAUUCUUCCCACUUUAUGUGGAGCAGAUCUACACACACACACACACACACCAUUCUCAAUUAUUUGGUCUAAACACCAAGUUUAACCUCUGCCCUGAUGUUUCUUUGUAAGAUUAACAGUAAGCUGCUUUGAGAGUUUGCCUGUAUCUAAAAAGCAAUAUUAUACGUGUUUGAAAACAAGUAACAUUUUCCAACAGCAGGACUCCUAUAUCUUCCUUCAGUAUAAAUUUUCAGAACAUAUGGACUCUGAGUCUGAAAAAAAUACUACUUAUCUCUCUCUCUCUGUCUGUCUGUGUGUGUGUGUGUGUGUGUACAUGGAUGUUUCUUUCCAAUCAGCUGAAAUUCUACUUACUUUUUUUAAUUUCAUGAAAUAUACUGAGGGGGAGCUUGGGGGUGAAAUGGGAAGGCAUCUAAAAAAUAAGCCAGGAUACAGUUCAUACUUGGUUUGUGGUGGGAAAAAACCAUCCACUGGGAUUGGGUUAACACUUCCUAGCACUUGCGAAGGCAAGGAUAGGAAUAGCCAAUUUCUGGAGUUCCACCUGGUUCUAUAGACUUCUCCCCCUGAUUAUCUCCUGUCUGCCCAAGACUGAACUUUUCCUCACAGCAAACACCAGCACGCCACACUUCUUCACCAGAUAUCUUACAAGCCAUGAGGAGGGAAUGGACAGCCUUCACUCAACCUCACUGAAAGGGCUCUUGUGGUCCCCCCCCCUUUCCAUCCUUUUGCUUUCCAGGGUUUGGAGGGAAAUCAGACAGAACAGCGGGGGGGGGGGGAAUGUGGCCCUCCAGAUGUUGAACUACAACUCCCAUGAUCCCUGGCCAUCUGCUAGGCUGGCUGGGGCUGAUGGGAAUUGGAGUCUCAGCAACUCCACCCCUGCAGAUUGGUUGGGAGCCAAGUUGCUCCCCACCCUUUCUUCAGACGGAAGGAGCCAAGCCAAGCCUUCGCUCUUAAGCUUGCUCAGGAGACACAAAGGGGCAAGAACAUUUCCCCAGAGUCUAAAAUGUCUCCUGUGAGUGGUGGCGUACUCCAAGCACCACAGCCACCCUUUUACCAAAAAAAUAAUAAUAAAUACUGUUUCCAAGCAGCUGGUUUUCUUUCUUUGCAAUUUGUAGUUUUAGAUUCAGGAAAUGGUGACUUAAGACAACAGACUUGAACACACGCUGCUGAAUAAUCUGGCGGAAAUAAGACGCGCUUACGUCAACGAUCAACAAUGAUCGAAAGAUAUUCAGAUAAGCACACAUGCAAAAAUAUAACGUGGCUUUUUAUUUUAACAAAUGAAGGAACUUCUCUCGUGAGUUGGCCAGACUCCAUAGCUCCCAGACCCACCACACAUGCCAGAAUGGCAUGUGACCUUUGGGGAAACUGGCUAGCGUGGCCCAUUCCUUCCUGCAAGAACAGCAGUUCCCAGACAUUUUAUUAUGUAACGGCUCUGUGUGCUGAACUAAUGACUCUGCUAUUUGCUUUGUCAGCCCCAGCCAACAUGGGCAAAGGUCAGAGAUUAUGGGCAUGCGAGUUCCAACAACCUCUGGAGGGCACCAGGUUGGGGAAGCUCACCCUGUGGAGUAGCGCAGCGGUAGCAUGGUGUGAGGCCCUCCAGAGGUUGUUGGGACUUCUCCCAUCAGUGUGUCCAUGCUUCCCCCUUCUCACUUGGUAGUUGCUUGGAAGACCCCAGUCUAAUGGAAGAUGGUGAAACCUGGACCUGAUGGAGCACCUAGGAGGUCACAUGGGUGAAGGAAGAAGGGAGUAAUGGAGAAGGAUGUUGUGAUAUUAAGUCAACCACUCUCUGACCUUGUAUCCCUGUUAAGUGCAGUGUACCCUUAACGUAAGUGGGCAGGGGACUGUAUAGUAAUGACCCCAUUGCCAUAUAGUGAGCUUCAUGGUUGGGUGAGGUUUUGAACCCAGGUCUCCCUGGCCCUAGCCCAACAGUCCUACUGUCGAACCUAGGGACGCGGGUGGCGCUGUGGUCUAAACCACUGAGCCUCCUGGGCUUGCCGAUCAGAAGGUUGGCGGUUCGAAUCCCCGCGACGGGGUGAGCUCCCGUUGCUCAGUCCCUGCUCCUGCCCACCUAGCAGUUCGAAAGCACGUCAAAGUGCAAGUAGAUAAAUAGGUACCGCUCCGGUGGGAAGGUAAAUGGCGUGGGCCGUUUCUGUGUGCUCUGGUUUCUGUCAUGGUGUUCUGUUGCGCCAGAAGCGGUUUAGUCAUGCUGGCCACGUGACCUGGAAAGCUUUCCAUGGACAAAUGCCAGCUCCCUUGGCCUGAAAGCAAAUGCAGCCCCAUAGUCGCCUUUGACUGGACUUAACCAGCCAGGGGUCCUUUACCUUUGCAGGGAGCAUACGUCACCCCCAAAAUAAAAUUAUAGUAAUGACCCCGUUGUUAUUUAGUGAGCUUAAUGUCCUGCUGUUGAACCUGUACACUGCAUAAAUCAAAACAAUAUGAAUUGCCCUACUAUAAUUUGAUGUAAUCAAUUAUCACUGGCACAUGGCAGGGUGCAAUGAAAGUGGCUCUAGGACAGGCACCCCCAAACUCGGCCCUCCAGAUGUUUUGGGACUACAACUCCCAUGAUCCCUAGCUAACAGGACCAGUGGUCAGGGAUGAUGGGAAUUGUAGUCCCAAAACAUCUGGAGGGCCGAGUUUGGGGAAGCCUGCUCUAGGAGGAGGUGGCAGGUAAGUUGGGGAAACUUUGGGGGGGGUGAUGGCAGUUCAUGUGUGUGUCCACCUUGAUAAACUCUUGAUUCCGACGUUUAAAAUCCUAUUUGCGGUCUAUGAGACACGCUACUUAUUAAGUGUCAAGAGAGGUUCUGUGCGAAAGCUGUUUGCAUCUUGAAGGUCUAGAUCAGGCUUCUCCAAACUAAGGCCCGGGGGCCGGAUGCGGCCCGCAAGGCUCUUUUAUGCGGCCCCCAGUGACCUCUGCUGCCACCCGCUCUUAACUGCGCGGCACGGCACUGCUGCCCACUUCCUGGCCACCAGAGUGUCAGAAAUAGUUUGUGCACAUGCGCAAGCGCCAUUUCCAGCGCACUUCUGGGCCAGAGGAAGCCCAUGCACAUGUGCACAAGCUAUUUCCGGUGUUCCAGUGACCUGGAAGUGCGCUGGAAAUUGUGUGUGUGCACACAUAUGGGCGCGCGAUCCCACACGCUCCCAUGUGCUCCGGCCCACAGCGCAAUCGGCGUUGGCAGCACCGGCCCUCAGCGGUGGAAGUUUGGGGACCCCUGGUCUAGAUUGUUGCAGAAUAGUUUGGGGGGACCGCCCCCCGCCCCGGCUAAUGACAAAGUGAUGCCUUGAAGUCUGGGAGACGGGCAGCUAUUUAUGAAGCACUCGGUGCAUCACAAUAACACGGUAGAGAUAAAGUGAGUGCUCUGUGAGUGCAUUGCAACACACCAUGAGGCAAUCGUGGGCAGCUGUACUACACGUAUGUUUUACUGUCUGGCUCAGUCUGCCUUUGUGGGGAAGCAGAAGGAGAAAUAUCUUUGAGGGCUUUGUUUCCCUGUGUUCUGAUUACCGGUAGAUUGACAGAGUCGGUGUGGUAGAACACAAAGGCAGGUGAGAUAAGGAUCAAUCUCUAGGGAUGGGAAGUUCUCUUCAUCCCCCGCCGCCCAUAAAUCUUACAUUUUCCACAUUUCUGCAGCAAUUUGCAAAGUCCUUUUAAAAAAAUCCUCAUUAAAAAAUAAUUGUCCUUUUAGCACAAUUUUCUACUAAGAAGCACAUUUUUUACUGGGCACACAAAUUUGCCUUUUUUUUGUAUAAUUUUAUUAAGUAUUUUCUAUUUUACAUUUUAGAAUAUUCAUUUGAACAAACUUAAAAUAUCAAUGACUUCUCCCGUUCUUCAAUUUGCAUGCCAUAGAUCCCUGCAUAAUUUACAUAAACUAAGCCAUUCAGUUUUCCAUUUUUACAUCCUUCAAAACUUAUUUACACUGUUGGAAUUUAUCUUAAUGCUGCCAACGUUUUCAAAUGUACACAAUUUCCACCCAUAUAUUCAUUAAACAUUUUCCAAUCUUCUUUAAACGUAUAUUCUUCUUGUUCUCUUAUUCUAUAAGUUAAGUCUGCCAGCUACACAUAAUUCCAUCAGUUUUAAGUUGCCA